UGAGCAGCAGUUUCUCCUCUCCUGAGCUGCCUCCACUGUGUCUCUCUUUAUUUAGUCUGUCCUGUUAUCUGGCCGGUGAGGCAGUGCUUCUGCGUGGAGGACGGACGGAUGGACAGAGGGAGGUUGAGCAAUCAGAUCAGAGGGACAGGUCGGUCCAUUUUCCCCCCCGUCUUGCUGCAGAGCUGCCUGCGUCUUGUGGAUUUAUCUGAGUGACACCUGGGAAGGCGAGGGAAGCCUGAGUGGAGAGGCAGGAGUCUGCUCCACCACCUACACCACCACCACCCCCCUACCCCUCCACCCCCCCUGGUUGUGUGGAUGACCUGUGCUUUUCUAGUCGGUUCCUCAGCACCAUGAACAAGAUGAAGAACUUUAAGAGGCGUUUCUCUCUUUCUGUUCCUCGCACUGAGACCAUUGAGGAGAACGAGUUCACUGAGCAGAUAAACCAGCUCAACAUACGGCACACUCAGGACCUGACUCCAGACCGGCUGUGUCCUCCAUCACAUGAUGCCAGUCCUUCAAGCCCUGAACCAACAACACCGGGAGCUCAGUCUCCGUCACACCUCCACUUCCACGGCAAGGCCCAGCACAGACGUUUCUCCAUGGAGGACGUCAGUAAGCGCAUGUCUCUGCCCAUGGACAUCCGCCUGCCUCCAGAGUUCCUCAAGAAACUGCAGCUGGAGAGUGAAAACGCACCGCUCUGCAAACCUCUCAGUCGCAUGUCUCGACGUGCUUCACUGUCCGACAUCGGCUUCGGGAAACUGGAGACAUACGUGAAGCUUGGCAAGCUGGGUGAGGGGACGUAUGCCACAGUGUUCAAAGGGAGAAGCAAACUAACAGAGAACCUGGUGGCGUUAAAGGAGAUUCGACUGGAGCACGAGGAGGGAGCGCCCUGCACUGCUAUCAGAGAGGUGUCUCUACUGAAGAACCUGAAACACGCCAACAUCGUCACGCUGCACGACAUCAUCCACACCGACCGCUGCCUCACUCUGGUGUUUGAGUAUCUUGACAGUGACCUUAAACAGUACUUGGACAACUGCGGGAAUCUCAUGAGCAUGCAUAACGUCAAGAUCUUCAUGUUCCAGCUGAUGCGCGGUCUGUCCUACUGUCACAAGAGGAAAAUCCUCCACAGAGACCUGAAGCCUCAGAACCUGCUCAUCAACGACAAGGGCGAGCUCAAACUGGCCGACUUUGGUCUGGCGAGGGCCAAGUCCGUCCCCACUAAGACCUACUCCAAUGAGGUGGUAACUCUAUGGUAUCGACCCCCUGACGUGUUGCUGGGCUCCACAGAAUACUCCACACCCAUCGACAUGUGGGGCGUGGGCUGCAUCCUGUACGAGAUGGCGACAGGUCGUCCCAUGUUUCCUGGUGCCACAGUAAAGGAAGAGCUGCACUUAGUUUUUAGGCUCAUUGGUACUCCAACAGAAGACACCUGGCCUGGUAUAUGCAGUAGUGACGAGUUUAGGUCUUAUCUCUUCCCUCAAUACAGACCUCAAGCUCUCAUCAACCAUGUGCCCAGGUUGGACACAGAGGGGAUCGACCUGCUCUCUGCUCUGCUGCUGUAUGACACCAGGAGAAGACUCUCCUCUGAAGACGCCCUACGACACUCCUACUUCCUGAGUCUGGGGAGUCACAUACACAAUCUGGCAGACACUGCUUCAGUGUUUUCCCUCCGAGAGCUCCAGCUCCAGAAGGACCCAGGCCACCGCAGCUCAGUGUUCCAGCCUUUAGGUCGAGGAAAGAACCGACGACAAAGCAUCUUCUAGAGGUCGCAGAGGACGAUCGGAGACGCACAAGAGAAGAGAAGCUGCCUUUUUCCGACCACAACACGAAGGCCGACACAGCUCAGCACACUCACAAGCAUGCUCACCUGGGUGCACACAUCUGCAUGUACACACCAACCCACGUGCACUCACUCAUUUCUGAGGCAGCUGACCGCGGUGACACACGGGGUUUCUGGAAAUACACUCGUACUGCACUUGAAGUGGCUGAGCUGAGAAACACUCUCCAUCUCAACACACACACACACAGACACACACACACACACACUGAACAUACCUGCACCCAUUUGCACAAUCAGCGACACUGAACAUGCUGCCAUUACACACCAGAGAUUUAUUUAUAAGUAUCCGGCUGACACACACACACAAGAUUUCAACCAUUAUAAAUAAAGCUGCUCUGUUAUAACGUACUCUUAUAUGCUAGCUUGUAUAAUUUCCAUUCAGAGCACACCCAGGGCUCUAGCCAUUUAAAGUAGCGACCACAUCUGGAGCAUCAUACAGACGUAGGGGUUGAGGUGUGAGUGGAAGUCAGUUCAGUUUUAGGUAAAGUCUAACAAGAUGAACUUGUUGUCUUACUAAAGUUUAAGAUGGUUUCUGCACAACCCGGUCGCCAGAAAAAAAAUUGUGGCGGGAUACAUUGAAUGUCGGCGUUUCUGAACCAAAAAAAACAUUUCAUAAACACGUUUCAUAUCAGCCUCGUAUCACGCUUGCAGAAACGCACAGUCAUGUGGUUUCAAUGGAAGCCGGUGACACGAAUCUACAAACCGACAAACCGACGGCCGACACCUGUCGCUGAGUGACAGGUGUGACACGCUACAAAUAAAGUUGAGCUGGUCUCAACUUUUUACAGCCCUCCAAUGUACCCAUAGAACCCAUUUUCAUUCACAUAUCUGGAUGUCAGAGGUCAAAGCGUAGGUUUUGAGCGUUAUUUAGCCUUCUUUGUGACAAGCUACUUGGUUGGUACUUGGUUUAGGUUUUCUAGUUUGACAUGAUUCCAGUAUCUUCACUCUAGCUUUAAAACUGAGCCGCUACAACCAAAAACGCAACGCAAGUUGCGUUAAUGCGCUAAAGAAAUUUGUGGCGUCCAAAUGAAUUUGCGUUAUCGCAUUAAUUUGACAGCUCUUGUUAUUAUACCACGUAACUUUAAAUAACGGUUGCUCGUUGUACUGCGUCUCUUGCUCUGACCGAAUGCAAAAACAUCCACAUUCAACGUAUCCGUGGUUUACAGAAACGUACAACGGCAACAUUUUUCUCUGAUGACUGGGCUGUGGCUUAAAGACACACUCUCUGAUUUGGUUAUUAUUAUCCAGCAGCUUCUCCAAAUUAUAAAAUGUCCUCCCCGGCUCAACAUUAUAUUGAAUUACUGAGGUCAUAUAUCCCCCCGAUGCACCCCUCAAGACCUUCCAACAAUGAAGAUCAGAAACAAAGAGAAGGUCAUUUAUUUAUAUUCAUUAUUUAUUUUAACUGUUGCUCUUUAUGUAAAUUUAAUUUCCUAACAUCAAAGUCUAUAUGGUGAUUCAAAGCCUUCUCACUAUUGCCAGGAGUAAAAUAGACAUAUUAAAUCUGAAAGAACCAGCUUAUAAAAUGCUCCUCCAGGUUGCCAACAAGCACUCGCUAAAUAAAGAGUUUCAUUUGUUAGCUAUAAAUGAGCUACCAGGCUAAUUAAGCAACGAAACAUUAUCAUGAGGCUGCCGGCCUCUGAAAUGAUGAACAAUAAUAGGUCAACCUCAUACAGUACGUUAUCUAAAUGCAUCAUAUAUGGAGCUAAUGAUGGUUAGCUGGCGUAAUUGAAACAGGCAGCUACGGGUGUGUUAUGUCACCCGGCAGUCUUGAAGCAGUCCAGACACUGACCACGUAGCAACACACUGUUCUUUUACAGUAACUCUACUCACAUGAAACAAACACUGAACUCACCAUUAAACUCCAUCAUGAAUAUAAAACGUUGUAAAAUGGAUUCACGUCGACCGACUCGCCUUGCCGCAGCGUGUUUCCACAUAGUGUGGAGGUUUCGUUCCAUACGGCGUUAAGAGCCGACUCUCAGUCCAGUUUUUUGAAGUUGCCUUAGUGAACUGUGCAUGCUAUCUUGGCUUGUGAAGAAUCUAUAUUUGAUCUAGUGUAGCCGACGUGUUAGGAGGCAUUCGCUUUGUGUGUGUAUUUCUUAGUCUCCUAUUUGCACAAACCAGAAGUGUCCUCUGAAGCCUGCUCCCUGCCCCUUUGUGUCUUACCCUACGUGGCUCCAAAAUAUGACCCCCGUAUCGAACCAAAACCCCCUAAACCCUGGACCAGGAAGCUGGGAAAGUAUGUCCUACAAGUACUUUCUAGUAGCAGACGACUCUCAGUAGGACUCACCACUACCCCUUAUAUUUUGCACAGCUCUAUUGCACCUAUUGCCGGGGAGCAGCUUUUGUCUGAAGGACCACGAUAGGCAGCGUACAGACAGAACUACAAAUAUCUGCAGAAGUGACACUUUCAAAUCUUCCUGAUAUAAAGUCCUUCACAGUUCCCUUGUGACUGAGCCCAGAGGUUAUGACUAUGUGCCCUGGAAGAUGAAAUCAUCUGCACACAGAAGUGAUGCCGGCUUUUGGCAGCAAAGCUGCACUCUCCUCGCUCCUUAAUCUGCCUUUACUCCUUCUCCGUCAGUCAGUAGGCCGGUGAAUAUUCUCCAUCAGUCAGUGAGUCUCACCUGACUGCCAUGUUGCCAAAUGAUCCACAUGUGAAAGAUCCUACAGAGGUUAAACGUCCGGCGCUCCCCAACCAGUCAGAACUGAGGAAGCCUUUUGCAUAACAGGCGAAUAGUCUUAAAGAAAUCUACACCGAGUCUACAUCUGCCUUUGAUUAACACUUCUGGAUUGAUUGGAUUCAGAGAAUCAAGUGAGAGCAAAUGAACGAGACUGUUCAGUGAAGACAGAGGUAGAGAUGCUAACCAGUAAACCAGCGUGAUCUCCUCCUUACUUACGUCACAUUUUGCCGCUUGGGCAGAAGCCCCGGCAGCCUCUCUGUGUCGUAUCUUGAUGCAGAAGGUUCGCUCGUGGUUAACGUUGUAACACGUGGUGUGAUUAGGUUUAGGAAACAAAACUACUUGGUUAAGCCGAAUUCACAUCAGGCUGCAGCGAAGUGCACCUCGUCGUAUCCGUGCAGGUCAGGAGAGGUUCAGUUUGUGUCUGAGUGAACAUUAAAUGGCCGCUGAAAGAUUUUUCUACCUCUAAAAGUGAACGAAGCUGAUGGAAGAAUCACGUUGAGACCGCGUCGUUCAUACGUCAGUGAGAGCAAGUAGAGGCGACGCCAACGAGGAGAGACAUUUAGAGACAUUUAGGGGCCAACCUGCUGGGACUUGAGAGGGAUGUAUAGCCGUGGAUGUUACUCCUCCAUCCUCCCCCCUUCCUUCCCUCAGUGGCAGAAGUAUUACUGUGCGUUUAGUCGUGGUAAAUGAAGCUAUUUUAAAUACUGUAAUGAAAAAGAAAUAAUAUAUACGUAUUUUAACAGAUGUUUUCAUCUUUCUCAGUGAGUUUUAUGCUGUUGAAAAAAAUAAAUAAAAAUAGAACGCUGUAUUUAAAAUAAAAUAAAGAAAAAAACCUGCAGAUGUCUAAAUGUUUUAUAAAAGAUAAGUUUAGAUUUUGUAUAAGAUGUGAUAUUUUGUGUGAUUUGUCUACACUGUUAUGAAAUGAGAAAUUGAAUGUACUGUGAUUGCCAACGGGCGUAUAAUUGAUUAAAUAAUUGAUUAAUUAAUGAAUAAAUAAACUAAAAUUCUGGCACACACU